AUGGCUAACCCUUCAACCAACAGUGACUUCGCCUCCAAAUACUCGGCGGAACAAUGGCAACGCGACAUGCUCAACAAAAUCACUGCCUUCAUUCACCAGCACGUAAACUGGAUCGGCGUCGACUUCGUCGAUCCUUCAGCAGCCUUUGAAAAGGCCUCAGUACCAAGCGUCCGCGUGCUCGACUACGCCUGCGGCCCAGGUACAAUAACACAUGCCCUUGGCGCACGCGCAACCGAGUACAUUGGCAUUGACCUCAGCGAGAACAUGGUGAAAGCAUAUAAUCUCCGCUUUGGGCCGAAUCCUGGGGCCACGUCACCAUCCGCGGACGAAAUCUCGAAUGGAGAAGAUGAGAUUCUAAACGCACAUGCUGUGGUCGGCAAUCUCCUCGAUGCAAAGAAACCUUCACCCGAAGGUCUCGCGUCUCCGGAGUUCCUCAACUUCGACCUAGUUGUCGUAGGCCUGGGGUUCCACCACUUUCCCGAUAUUGCUCUCGCGACGUCGCGGCUUGUCGAACGCUUGAAAACAGGAGGCGUGUUUCUCAUCCUGGACUUUGUGACGCAUGCGAUGGACGAGCAGGGAUCUUCAGGCCAACAACUUCCCAGGCACACCGUCGCGCAUAUGGGCUUCAGCGAGGAGGAGCUGAAGAAGUACUUUGAAGAUGCUGGCUUGACGGACUUUGAGAUUGUGAGGAUGGACGACGAGGUUCUGCUGAGAGGCGAGUCGAGGAGGCGACCAUUCCUGGCGAAGGGGAGGAAGGUGUAG